AUGGCUAAUAAUGUAAUAGUUGAUACACAUUAUACACAAAAUAUGAAUCGCUCAGUAACGAGUGAUUCGGAAACAUAUCAACAAUGUAAUUAUCAACAAUUUCAAAUGCUUGUUCAUUCAGUUGUUGAUCAAUUAAAUACCGAUGAAGUUCGAUUAAAACAUCUUCAAAAUAUUUCGGAUAAUAUUGAAGUUCUUUCAACUUUACCCAAUUAUCCAGCAUAUAUCGAUUUAUUAGUUAAAAAUUUUCUUAGAUCAUUAAUUGAAACAGAUACUGUAUUUAUAAUUCCUAGUAAUGCACAAACAAUUCGCAAACAAAUGAUUGAAAUAUUCCAUCGUUUACCAAUCUCUGAAGUUCUUCGUCCAUUUGUUAAAGAUAUAUUAUCACCUAUAUUUAAAUUAUUAACAAAAGAAAAUGAAGAAAAUGCAUUAUUAUUAUUACGUAUUAUUGUUGAAUAUAUGAAACAAUUUCGCCCACAAAUGAUCAAUGAAGUUCGUGAAUUUCUUCAAUUUGUUCAUAAUGUUUAUCGACAAAAAGCUUCAGCACUUGAUCAAAUUUUUACAACGAAAACAUUUUCUUAUCCAACAAUGACAAUUAAUGAAAUUGAUAUCAUAAAUAUUAUUGAACAAAUAUGUUCAUCUGUACAAUUAACAGUAAAAAAAAUUCAAAAUUUACCAACACAAUCAUCAUUAACAACAGAUGAUACGACUAAUUCAUCAUCACCACAAGUCGUACUUGAUACAUUUACUAUACUUUCUCGUGCAUCACAUUCAGUUAAAUUAUUAGCUGAAUUUCCAGUUGCGAUUGUUCUUCUCUAUCAACUUUGUCGACAAUCAUUACAAAUAGAAUUUGGAGAUUUAGUACCAUUAUUUUUAAGAUAUCUUUCAUUACAACCAAACAAAGAACAAAAGAGUGAUUCGAAAUUUAAUAUGGAAAUAUAUAUAGAAUUUCUAACAACACAAGCAAAAACAUUAUCAUUUCUUGCAUUUGUUGGUAAAACAUAUCAGGAUCAAUUGGCAUCAAAUAGUGAAUUAUUAGUAAUUGCACUUUUACAAUUACUUGAUGGUUGUCCACCAGAAAAUGUACAAUUACGAAAAGAUAUAAUUGUUGCUGCUCGACAUUUUCUUUCGUCAGAUUUACGAACAUUAUUCGUACCACAUGUAAAACGAUUUUUUGAUGAAAAUUUAUUACUUAGUAUUGGUUAUACUGCGCGUGAAACACUCAAACCAUUAGCUUAUAAUACAUUUGGAGAUUUUUUUAAUCAUAUUCGAACAAAUUUAUCGAUUGAAGAUCUUCAAAGUGUAUUAUAUAUGUAUUCAAAAAUGAUUCAUGAUUCAAGUUUACCACCAUCAAUACAAGUAAUGAGUUUAAAAUUUCUAACCAAUAUUGCAGAAUCAAUACGUCAAAAAGGAACGGAAAAAUCUCGUGAUUUAUUGAUACGUAUUGUAGAAAUUCUAAUUUUCAAAUGUAAAAGUUUAGCUAAACAAUGUACUCAUUUAUCAAAUAGUUCCAACGAAAAAUCGACUACUCCAACGAUUCCACUUGUACCUGAAGUUGAUGUAACAACAAGUACAAUAAAUGAACUUGUUCAAAAUAUGAAUGAUAUUACAAAUAGAGAAAAAGAACUUCAACGACAACAGUUAUCUUUAAUACGUUUUCAAGCAACAUCUCCAUUAAUCUUUACAUUAUCAUCAAGUGAUUGUCGUACAUUAUUAAAAGUACUUGUUAGUAGUUUACGUCAUAUAACAUGGAUAUUAGCUGAUGUUAAGAUAUCAUCUGAAAAUCUUGUUACUCAACCUAAACAAUUUGCUCCAUCAAUAACAAUUCUUUAUAUAAAAUUUUUCAAAUAUAUUCUUCAAUGUUUAAUACUUUUUUUUGAUUCAACAUCAACCGUAAAUUCCAAUGGAAAUUCUUCAACAAUAAAUAAUUCAACAAAUUUAACACGUAAUAAAGAAGAAAAAGAAAUUAUGGAUAUGAUUGCAAGUGUAUUUAUUGUAAUGCAUAAACAAAAUUAUCGUGAAAUAUUUGAAAAUAAUUUAUUAUAUUUUUAUCAAUGUGCUAAUAAAAAUCCAAAUAUAACAUUAAUAAUGAAUACAUUAUUACAACAAUCACCAUCAUCAACAAUACUUGUUGAAUUAUUACUUGAAUUUUUAUUACCACGUAUAAAUGAAAUCGGUGAAACAAAUAAUACCAAUAAUGCUUGUUUAAAAUUAUUUAAAUUAGUUAUAAAUAGUGUUGUUACAACAACAUUAGCAAAUGAAAAUGAAAAAAUUCUUCAACCAUAUUUAAAACAAAUUAUUUUACGUUCUAUUGAAUGUGCACAAUUAACACAAGACCCAUAUAAUUAUUUUAUUUUAUUACGCGCAUUAUUUCGUAGUAUCGGUGUUGGUAAUCAUGAAUUAUUAAAUCAAGAAUUUCUUACUUUAUUACAUUUUCUUUUACAACGUCUUAAUGAAUAUCAAUCAUGUAAACAUCGACAACAUUUAAGAGAAUUAUUUAUUGAAUUAUGUCUAACUGUACCUGUACGAUUGAGUGUUUUAUUACCAUAUUUACCAUUAUUAAUGGAACCAUUAGUUAAUGCAUUAAAUGGUUCAUCAACAUUAAUAUUACAAGGUUUACGUACAUUAGAAUUAUGUGUUGAUAAUUUACAACCAGAUUUUCUUUAUAAUCAUAUUUUACCUGUAAGAAGUAGUUUAAUGAUAUCAUUAUAUCGUUUAUUAAAUCAUAUAAAUAAUGAUAUUUCACAAAAUACAUUUCGAAUAUUAGGAAAAUUAGGUGGAAAUAAUAGAAGAAUACUUAAUGAGCCACAACAAAUUAAAUAUGAUAAUGAAGAUUUUGAUAAUGAACAACAAAAUGAAAUUUAUGUACAAAUGUCUUUUGAAAAUGAAUUAAAAUCAAUUAGUAUACCAUUAUUAAAAGUAAGAAAAAUAGAUUCUCACCUACUAAGGUCGAAAGUAAAAAAUGUCGAAAUAUCAAAAUAAUAAGAUUUUGGGUGCUCAAAACAGCUUAAGAGGAAAAAUAAGGAAAGACGUUUGAGAGUGGAUGUGGGUCUAAAUAUAAACAUGUAUCUAUAUUUAGCCACACCCACACUCAUCCACACCCAGGGGUGUAAGUCAGGUGUCAGAGCGGGGGGGGGG